UGGGAGGUUGGGUUAAGGCGAGAGGGUCCAACAAAAGGAGAAUCCAGGCGGGGCCUCUCUUCCCUCUGCCAGAGCUGGGGCAGGGGAAGGGCCUCAGCUGGCUGCAACUAAGGCCUCUUAGCUGAGCAGAAAAGACCAGAGAGAUGAAAGAGAGGAGUUAAAACCGUAAAGAAGGAGAGUGGGGAGGAGACAGGAGGGAGGGGCGAGGUAACUAAGGCAACAUUGACAAAGCAGGAAGCCCGACCCAGUCCCUAGGGCCUUGUGUUCCCCCCUCUGAAAUCCCUGCACAUCCUCCUGCCAGGGUGGGGAUGCCCUGAGAGGCCACCGCCACUGGCAUCUCACCCCCUGGACUCAUCCACGUGGGGGGCAGGGAAGCUGACGGUCUUCAGUUGUCAUGGAGACCGGGCUGUCAAGAAGCCAAUAAAUCGUUCUGGGCCCCUGGAUCCAUCCAAACUACCACCGCCCCCACCUCAGCCUACCAAGGCCAGUGGACUCCCCAUAAACCCUUCCUUUCCUAAUCGCCCUACCUCUGGCUACCAUUUCCCGCUGAAGACUGCAAUGAACCUGCAACCUGCAACCCCAAAGCAGGGACCUAUUUUUGGAAGGCGAGGGCGAGGUACACCUGCUAGAGUGGCAACAGAUCGGGCAGAGAAACCAGAUGAAGACAUCUACCUGGAGUGUGAGCCGGAUCCACCCCCAGCCUUGACUAGGUCUCUGAGCUCCAAAGCCCUGAUGCCUCCAGUUCCUCUGCCAAGAACAUCUGGAUUGCCCAAGCCAGUGGUUGGUCACCAAGAGGCUCGGAAUGAAGCUGUGGAUGCCGCGUUGAAAGCAGGAAGGAAGCUGUCUGCUUCCUCUGCAGCCUCUGCUGCUGAGGAUGGCAGCCUGCUGGGUCAGCCUUGGUACUCUGGGAACUGUGACCGUCAGUCUGUUGAGAGAGCCCUGCUUCACUUCCAAAAGGAUGGAGCCUACACGGUGCGCCUCAGCUCUGGGCCUCACAGUUCCCAGCCCUUCACUCUGGCAGUACUCCUCAGAGGCCGGGUCUUCAACAUUCCCAUCCGGCAGCUAGACGGCGGGCACCACUAUGCCCUGGGUCGGGAGGGCAGGAAUCACGAGGAGAUCUUCUCCUCUGUGACUGCCAUGGUUCAGCAUUACAUGAAGCACCCCCUGCCCCUCGUGGACCGACACAGCGGCAGCCGGGGAUUCACCUGCCUGCUCUUCCCCACCAAGCCCUGAAGAAAAAACAGGACACAAAUCCACCUUUGGCACAUAGUGUGCCCCAUUCACUUUCCCUCCCACUUUAGGCUGCUUUCUUUUCCCUGCCAGCCUCCACCCCAAAAGCCCUGCAGGUUCAAAAUGAGAGGCAUUAAAAUGACCCACCUGGGGAGGUUGGCUUCCUCAGAGACAUUGCCUCUCCUUAGACUGACUUCUCGUGACGGGUUAACAUUCUCCGGAGGAACUACUUUCCCAGCACACAGUAUACUUUCAAUAAACAUGUAUUGACUGAAUUCUGUUAA